AUGGUUCUCGGAAUGGAAAUCCAAGAUGUGUUGUUAAAACGAGUCGGGGAGAUCGUGUCUCCUCUUCCAGUGUCGGACCAUUCUGUCGUUAUUUUCCAGAACGAGGUGGCUACUGACAAGUUGGUAGAUGCUGCUGACAGUGUGGGCGAGCCAGAUGUGAGCUCGUUGGAAAUCCUCGUUGAUGGAAGUGAUGGGAAGGAUGCCGUGGAGAAGGCGGUAAAGGAAGCAGUGGCCGAAUGCACCGCAGCACAGGCCACAGUGAAGCAUCCAAGUGUGCGGUGUGACGGCUGUAAUCAGAGUCCAUUGCGUGGCUUCCGGCUCAAGUGUUUCACCUGCCCCAACUACGACUUGUGCACGAGCUGUUACACGAACCAAACUCACAACGUGGAUCAUCCUUUUGUGCGCUUAACCGAGUCAACUGGCACCGGAGACCUGCUGCAACCCCGCUCGAAAGGUGGGAGUGUUGUACCCGAGACAGCUCUGGUUGGAUCAAAGCCGUGGAAGGGAAACUUGCUUCGCGUACUGCUUGACGCACAAGGAUACGUUGUUUACUGCCGUGGUAGUCGACGUGAAUGUUGUGAUACUGCCAACGCGCUGGCCAAUUUGGGAUUACUCGUGACUGUCGCGCACUCGGAUGAUAUGGCGAGCGUAAACUCGCUGCGUGACUGGGAACGAAGCGUGCAACUUCUCCUGGAGCCUGGCUCAUCACGUCUCUCUCAUCGACGAUCUUCUGUGUCGAGCGAGAAAAACGCGGCUAGAAGAGCAAAUCGAGAGGUCACCAACGCCCUUAACAGGAAGGCGGCGCUGAUCAACUCGAACACACGUCGAAGUGGUCGCAAGGUUGAGGAUGGGCGACGAUUAGCGUCUGAGGUGAUUGCUAUGCUGCGUUUGAUGGCUUCUGGACGGUCGAAUAUGCAGAGAUGGCGAAGCAGCACAUUGCGAAAGAUGACGGAAGUGCUAGAAAACGCGCCACGCCAGAUUACGGAGGCAGUCGACUUGAAUUGUGCGCUCUGUGAUGCGUACUCCUUGACGCUGGGUGCCGCUCAGGUACUAGGGGGAUUCCGCGAGCCAUUGCGGAUUGGUGGAAACGUUUCGUUGUCGAGUUAUGCAGCUGACAAGGCACGUGGUGGGCACACAGGAGUGGUUUAUUCGUACGCGUUUGGCAAUGACGACGUGGUGGUUGCAAAUCUGGAUGGGUCUACGGAAGGAGCACGAAAUGGAGACACUGCGGGUGACGAUGAUAUUUGCCUCUGCAAACGCUCAACCUCAGAGGUCAAGGCGGUCAGCAGCGUCGCUCUUGACAGAGAUACCGUUGAAUUACUGGAACCUCUCGUUGUUCCCUUUUGCGCUGUGGUAAAAACAGUUUACGAGUGGACGUCUGAUGGCAAAAGCGAUGACAUGGAUGAAGAUGGCACGCCCACUGCAGGAUCUCUGCUACGUUGGGAGCUAGCUUGCGCUCUCGUUCAGUCAUUUUCUGCCAUGGCCCCUUCAUGGCCCUCGCUUUUCGACAACCAAGUGAUCUCAACGAACGGAAACUGCCCUGCCAUUCUUUUUCAGCUUGCACAAUUGUGCGUACGUGACUUGAAAGUGGAAGAUAUCGCCGACAUGCGUGGAUUAUUGUGGAAUAUGGAGUGGCUACGCUCACGAGACGUGCACUUCUCGCUCGCGACACGACCGAUUUCGUCAAGUUCGUUCUCUGUCGGCGACGAUAAAACUUGCGUUCCUCGACCCACAACAUUGGCGCCUGAAGAUUCGUCUGCGUUCUCGUCAGUUGUUAGUGAUGGAGCACUGUCCGUGCCCGAGCCUUCUGAAUAUUUCUAUAACCUGUACGCGUUUUCCGGACGCAGUGACCUGCCGCAACAUUCAGGGCGAAACAAGAUGCUGGAGUACUGGGAAAAGAAUGUCAUCCCGGCGAUCGAGACGUACGUAUCGGGGUCAUUCAAGAGCUACGAAAUGGACUACUUUUUCGCCCAGCUACGUGAACCUUUGAGAGAGGGGAAUGCUGCCGCAGCGUUAAAAAUCGCGUUUACAUUGUGUGACGGUCAUGUACCGUCAGGCUGUCACUACCCAGAUCCAGGCACCGAUUGGACAGCUCUGCAAAUCGACGAUGUGGAAGUUGGGGGUCGCUAUGUGAUUGCUUCGGAGAACGUGGAUGUUGCGGAUUGGUCUCGAGAUAUGUUGUGGACUUUGGGCCACUCAGGAACUGUCCGAGUUGUCGAUUCGUCGGGUAUGGUGCUACUCCAAGUGGUGAAUCCUGUGACGUCUGCCAGUGAAUACUGGUGGUACCACGCUGACAACUUACGUGCGAUGUCGUCGGUGUCGUCGGUCUCUGAGCAGUCGGUCACGGACUUUGAGGCGAGCAGGACUCGGCUGAAGAUGAUGAACCAACAGCUCAUCUACAGCAUCGCCCGAAAGAGCGUGUUUGACCUGUUGCAAGUUGCUCCUGAGCAUGCCAUGAAGAUAUCGAUCGAGACUAGAAAAACAUGUUUAGCGAGGACAAGCUCGUCUCCUCUUCCGUUGCCAUCCUCGUCGUCAAUCGGACACACCGCAACGGCUACGAUGCAGCUGACGACACCGUUGCCCAAGAACCCAGGGAAUGGAUACGACCUAGCGGAUCUGCUCAGACUGGCUGCAGCAGCUGAUCUUGGAUGCCCGGAGAAGGUGCUGUCGUGUGAGAUGGGAAUGCUCUCCGAUUCAACACCUGGGGCUCCUUCAGAAAACAGCAGCAGUCUGUAUUUACGCUCAAAAGUGUCUACGAAAACAGCGUUGAUCACGGUGUUGCAGACGGUGCUGAACAAGCAGUUUGAACGUGCUGCUUCUAGCCCCCCUCCCCCGGUAAUGGACAGAUCCACAUCUUAUGACGAAAAUGCCAGCGUAAUGGUAACAAUGCCGGCGAAGAAACAUAAGAAGCGUGGCAAACAAGGUGCCCUUGCGGGUAAAUUAGCUGCCGUUGGUGCUUCCUCUGCUGCCACUUCGUCUUCAUCGAGCUCGGCGCCUUCAUCAAGUGGAUCUAGCACCUCUCUGAAAUCUACGCAACCGAAGCUACAGCAACCCGAUGUGACACCGGCACUGUCCACACGAAAGCACCGCUACUUGUUGAUGGAGGCACUGCUGUCGGAGCUGAAGACUAGUCUCGACUUGUCCAGUGCCUUCUUGCGAAGCAGAUCGUUCAUGGUGACCAGCGACAGUCCCCCUCAGCCAUUGGUUUUGAUUCACAUUCCAGACGCGACCUGUUUGGUGCUAUCUUUCGCUGUACAUCCCGUCCUGAUGGAUUUACCCGCAGGAAGUAGCCUGGAAUUCUUCCGCGACGAACGGUGCACAGAUCGAUUGUUUGGGUACUUUGGAGAUAAGCGUGGACUUAGUUAUCUGCCCCCGCUCGUGGUUCCUGGUGACAAAUGCUACGUGCGAAUGUCCCAAGGUACCUACGCUCGAUACAAGUUUCGUGUGGAUCCUUUCACUGCUGAUUUUGGAUUGGCGCUGUGGUUGUGCGAAGAGAUCUACCAGAAGCUGUUGGCGGUUCAACUUUCUCAUUACGAAGUGGAGACUGUGCUUACUACUGCGCUGAAUGCGCUGGUGGAGUACCUAAUUGCGACCACUGCAUGUCUGCCAGCUAAUGCGAAGACUGCUGUGUACCAGAUCACAGCUAAACUGAUCAACUUCGCCUUGAGCAAGGGAGCAAUGCACUCGGUUCCAAUCGCUAAGCUGUCAGGACUGGUGAAAGAGUUAACCUUUGUGCACGACAACGAACGUACUACGCAAAAGGGUCUCUUCUCCCUGUAUACUCAGCAGCUGGCCGAACUCAUUUCCCUGGUUGAAGAAGUAUCCUCACUCAAGGGUGGAUCAUCAUCAAUACUUGGCGGUGCUUGGUGGAAGGAGUUUGUGCGGAUGGCUGUGUUUACCAGAGUGUUGGCCCAAGGAAAGCGAGAAAUUGCGACUCCUGACGCCUUCAAACGAGUUUACUGCGGUCGUGCUCCUAUUCGGGAGAUUCAGACAGCACAGACUGCUCUCGCUACACAUGAUUUGUUCGGCGAAAGGAUCAUCUUUCUGCAGAAUUUGCCACGCACGUCGAAUGUUGCGGAGCUAAAGGCGAGCGUGUCAAAGUUCAUUGUGCAUCUAGCACUGGAGGAAUGCGGAGAGGCCGAUGACCAAAACGUGUAUUCCGCUGCUGCCGUCACUCGUUUUGGCAUUGUUUCCAAUAUCAUCUACAUGCCGGUCAACGCUGAAGGCCAAACAGAGGGCUAUGCCAUGAUAGAUGUUGGCCGAGCUGACGUGAUCGACGACUUGCUGACUCGAAUCUCCAAGGAAACGUUCGAGUUUGAAGGUGGGACUGCCACGGAGGAAGAUCAUGAGCUACUCGCUAGAAUUGAAGCUGUGUGUCGCCCUCCAGAGAGCUCCAGUGGGAAAUCGAACGAUGGAAAUGACUGCUGCUCUGAUGGUGCUGACCCAAGCGGUGAUGUCUGGGCCUGCAGUGUGUGUACGCUGGAAAACUCUCUUGCCGAUGCGGGGUGUGCAGCAUGCGGCUCUCCUAUCCCGCCAGAAAUGGCGAAUUUGGCUCGAGAUGUUCAGGCCCCGUCACUGUCAGCCAGGUCCGAAGCACAGACGACUGGAUUGGAAGCUGCUGCUUCUAGCGGCUGGUCAUGUACCACCUGCACGUUUGCUAACAGUUGGACAGAUACGACCUGUGACGCGUGCACAAUGGAACGCAGUGCAGAUUUAGUGCCUCCAUCGUCUGCUACGAGGGAAGACAGUACCCAGAAUGAGAGUGAUCCAGUGACUGAUGGUGCGGAUACUGAGGCAUCUUCGCGAUACAAACUUAGCGCUGCUCGAUUUGUUGACAUGGUACGCGUAGCAGAUGAAACCAGUGACGCACCCAAGCAGGUGACUAGCUUCCUACACCACCGGUUUUUCUGGACUGAAGCCGAUGCCGACGAAGCUAGUGGAAUGACUAUAGAGCUCCGUCGUGUGCUAGAGCAUGACAUAUCUCAGUAUUCCUCGUCACCCGCUAGCAAGAUGGCGAUUGAGGCGCUCGCUGUGUUAGCUGGUGUGACGAAGAAAUCUUCAUGGGAAGAUCUAUCGAACGAGAAGCGAUUAAACAAAUUAACUUCAGCGAAGGCGCUGUCCGAGGUAAAGGACAAAACUCUGGCAGUGUACAAGUGGCUCCGCUCAUCAGGGUAUGAUCUUCAAUUCGAACUGAGCCACUAUGGAUCUAUGGACGACGCGAUGAAAGCUCAAGCGAAGUGGACACACCAGAUGGACUGUCAGCUCAUUGCGGUAUGUCGGGAGCUCAGUGGGAGAAUGGGUGUGCUCAUGUUGACAGAUUUGUGUCCAAGCCAUUUGAAUGCAAGCCAUGCGCGCGAGUACAUGCAGAUAGCUUCACUUGAGACGCGCGACUUGCGACUUCGGUUUGCGGUAUUGCAAUCGCUGAACAAGCUGCUGGUUGAAGCGUUACCUCUUGUAAAUCUUCGUCCAUGGAGCGACCCAAGCUCGUUACGCAGUCGUAUUGUGUCGAUACGCCAGUUGAUUUUCCCCGGAGUCAAGAUUCGUUUUUUUGCCCAGACUCAAGACAACACGACGCUGGCGCAUUCUGUCUUCGUGGAUACGAAUGCUAAGCGACCCAUGGUGACGAUCGACCGAAGGAAGAUCGCAGGCAAGCGCGGAGGCGUUUGUGCUAGCACCACGGAGGCCGCGACAUCAUUGGUGGCUCUACGCGAUCCCAGACGAUCUCUGUUUGCUUCGACGAUGAAGCAAUUGAGUGCUAUCUCUCCAUCUUUGCUGCGUGCGAAGCGACCGACGGGUGCAAGCGACCCCUUUGUGUCGUUUAUUGUCAUCUUUGCGGGUGAGAAUGUCGUAGGCGAGGGAGGUCCGUACCGCCAGCUUUUCAACGAUAUAUCGAACGAGUUGCUUGCCAGCGGCAACCCGCUAUUCAUCCCGACACAAAACAAUGUCAUGAAGGCAGGAGAGUUCCGCGAACGCUACAUGCCCAAGCCGAGCAGCACGUCCAAAGAGUUGUUGCAAAUGUUCGAGUUUGUUGGAAUCCUGAUGGGCUGCUGUCUGCGCACUGGCGUUCGACUCAAUCUCCGUCUGGCGCCGCUGGUAUGGAAGAUGCUAGUCAAACAAAAUCUCGUCCUCACGGAUCUCGAGAGUGUAGAUUACUCGCUGUGCGAGAGUCUGAAAUUCCUCGAAGAACUCGCGUCCGCUCCAAGUGACGACCUCAGCGAGGUACUGUUCGAUUCGUUCACCACAACUCUCAGUGAUGGAACAGUCGUCGAGCUGAAGACUGGAGGACAACAGCUAUCUGUGACGAAGGCCAAUGCGAAGGAGUACAUUCGACUUGUAAAAGCCACUCGGUUGCAGGAGUGCAAGCCCCAGGUGGACGCUAUGCUGCGUGGUCUAGGCAAGAUCGUACCAGUCCAGUUGCUGCAAUUGUGUGUGUGGUCUGAGCUGCAGCAAUGGGUGAGUGGCAGUCUGAAAAUUGAUAUUGAUCUGCUCAAGCGCCACACUCGCUACUCUUCGGGCAUGAGCCCUGAGCAGUACCCGCACUUGGAGAUGUUCUGGAAAGUGCUGUCGAGUUUCAGCGAGGAGAACAAGCGCCGUUUUAUCAACUUUGCUUGGGGCCAAGACACUCUACCUGCUGACGAUGCAGAGUUUGAUCGAACACACACUCGUUUGCUCAUCAAGGCGCCACCCCAAGACAGCGGAGUGAACCAGGACGCGCUGUUGCCUAAGGCUGAUACGUGCUUCUUCAAUAUCGAACUACCUGUGUAUUCAAGUGAAGAAAUCAUGCGCGAGAAGCUCCUGCUGGCGAUCACGCUGUGCACUAGUCUCGACGGUGACGAACAGACAGCCGGCCACGAUAUCUAUUACGCCGGUGACGAGCUUGAUGACGAUGUCAUGGAUAAAUAA